AGCCUUUGGCUGAUGAGGAAUGGAUACGAAAUUACCAAAAGGCAGAGAAUGAACGUAUACAAUAUGAAGAAAAUUUGCGUAAAAGGUUUGACGGCUCCUUGGAAAUUAGUGAAUGGUAAGACAAAUAUUAAUUAUAUUGGGCCAUUGGCCAAAACCUGUUUUGAACUCUUGAUUUUAUAAUUUUAUGCUUACAAAUAUAUAAAUUUCAAUCUAUUUAAUAUUUCAUGCCAGUUUCGCGAUAUUUUGUUGUUUUAGUUUAAAACUCUCUUACCAAUAUAGGUGUAAAUGUGGAAACUGUAGUAGGGAUGUUCUCAGUAAUCCCAAUGAGUGUUUGUGCUGCUGCGAGAUCGACGAAUGUGGACAAGCACUUGUCAGUGAGCAAGUACUCAAUGAUGUUGGCCAAGACGCUUGUCUGAAAUGCAUCACAGAACAUCCCGGUUUUGACCCAGUUUGCCUGCAAAAAUGGAGUCUACGAAUGGCAGCAGACAAGUACAAAACCAAAAAUAAAGCUAGAUAUCAUCAGAUGGAUUCAGAAGACAGGUCUGUGUGUAUAUAAAAUAAGGCAGUCUUUACAGCAUAUUUUUGGUAUUAUAUAAAGUGGUACUACAUUGAUGUUAUCUGAAGUGAAUGUAGAGUUCAAAAUUAUAAAGUGCAAAAUGGCAAAUCCAUUGUGAAUUUCACAUGUUUGUAAACAAAACCAGUGACAUGCAAAAACCAAAAAAAUAUGGCCAACUUGUAGCACUUAUGCUAAUGGUAUUACAUGUCUAUGAAAAAAAACCUGUGUUUAUAUGCCCGGCAGCUGGGUAGUAGUACUACAUAUGUCUGGCAUUUAUAGUUAAAGUCACAUUUGAAAAAUAAUCUGGUCCCAAUCAUGACCCCAGCCCUAACCUCCAACCCAUGAAGGUUGAGGAGGGCUAAAACUGGUCACAACAUGAAGCAGAAUCGAGGGGGUUUGCCCCCACAACCGUUUCAGAAUGAUUUAGCCGCUGAGCCAAUAACAAAGUAAACUCACUGAAAUUCAUUACAAAAUAACCUUUUUAUAUUGCUAAAAUGAUAUAUGAGCUAUUUUUAUUAUGAUUACUAGUUAAUGACUGCCGGGCAUCUACACAGUGAAAAAAAUAUGGUAAAGUGUAGUGAAUAAUAAUAUUCAUACAAUAUUUUUGUUUUUAGCUUCCUGCGGAGUGUCUCGUAUAGAGAAUUUACUAGAAUGGUAUAUGGCUUACUUGGAAACAGAAGGAUACCAUUACCAUCUUGUGCGUACACAAUGAUACGGAGCAUAUUUCCUGUUGCAAAAAAGGAGGAUCUUACUGGAUUUAUUGACACUGAUUGA